AUGGAGGUUUCAUUAUCUGUACCAAAAAAAAAAGCUGAGUGGGAAAUAAUAACUAAUGGAUUCAACACCAAAUGGAAUUUUCCACAAUGUAUAGGGGCAAUUGAUGGCAAGCACAUAGUUAUAAAGGCCCCUAAACAUUCUGGUUCAUUAUAUUUCAAUUAUAAGAACCAAUUCAGUAUAGUUCUUCUUGCCUUGGUUGAUCAUGAUUAUAAUUUUACAUGUAUUGAUAUAGGGAGCUAUGGUAGUGCUUCGGAUGGAGGAAUUUUUGGAAAAUCAGCCUUAAACACUGCAAUAAUACAGAAUCAGUUAGAUUUGCCAGAAAAUAGUGUAAUCCCACUAAAAGAGUACCUCAUGAAACUAUUUCCCAGACGGCCUAACCAGCAUAUUAAGGAACGUGUUUACAACUAUAGACACUGUAGAGCACGAAGAAUUAGUGAAAAUGCAUUUGGUAUUUUGACUAAUCGUUUUCGGAUAUUUUCAAGAACAAUUGAUCUUGAGCCAAAUAAAAUAGUUAAAAUUGUAAAAGCAUGCUGUACUUUGCAUAAUUGGAUAAGAAAAAAAAACAAAUCCAAUUAUGGUAUAACUACUGACAUUGAAGAUGUUGUGAAUAGUACAGUAAACUUGGGAUCAUGGCGAGAAGACCCAGCUCCAGGUGGUAUAAUAAAUUUGGCUGCAACAAGAGAUAGACAUUUUAAUGAUGCUGCACGUCUAAAACGAACACAGUUUGCUAAUUACUUCAUGGGCGAAGGUGAAGUUGAAUGGCAGUACAGAAUGGUAAAUAUGCAGGUCGUGUAG